AUGACCAUACCGAUUUCGGUACGAAGUUCACGAAUACCUCCAGCCUUGUACCAAAUUGUGUUCUGUCGCAAAAUGAGCUACCAGGGAUUUAUUGCGCCGCAAAAAAUUGUCCCUCCUGUACACCGCGACCUAAAGUCGCUUGACAGAAGUUUAUUUUCAUUGUCCUUCGACGUCUGGACGGUUCUGUUUCCUGAGGCUGCGCAAAUGGGUAACUUCAUUAAAACAUUCAAACAGGAUACUGUGCAAAUCCCGCGACUGCCGUUUUUGUUCAAACUGUCUAAGUCGGAGAACAAGCUCGAAGAGUAUCCCAAAAAUCCAGAUUUCAAGGCUGUUGCACUCAAUCACAGGGUCCAGUCGCUGGAAGACAUAGAAACAUACAUUUCGCCCGAGGCACAAAACUAUAUACGAGAUUGCGAGGGCAAGUUCUUCAAGCACCGGUUCACACUGGACUAUGAUUUCUGGAGAGCAGAGGAAAUACUUCAGAGCGUUCUCCCAGAAAACCUUUUGCACGAGGUUCCAACUUCUUUCACCAAGACGGGCCACGUAGCCCACGUGAACCUGAAAGAUGAAUACAAGCCGUACGGCACUCUCAUAGGACAGGUGAUUUUGGACAAAAAUCCGUACAUCAGGACUGUGGUGGAUAAACAGGACACAAUCGACACUGUUUUCCGGACAUUCAAAAUGAAGGUCAUUGCAGGCGAGGAGAAUCUGCUGGUGGAACAGAGGGAAAGUGAUUGUGUUUUCACGUUUGAUUUCUCCAAGGUGUAUUGGAAUUCGCGGCUUUCCACAGAGCACGGACGGCUGGUCAAGAUGUUCAGCCCGGGAGACGCUGUUUGCGACGUCAUGGCGGGUGUCGGGCCUUUUGCCGUGCCCGCGGGUAAAAAGCAGUGCAUCGUCUUUGCCAACGAUCUGAACCCAGAAAGCUAUAAAUACCUCAAGCUGAACGUAAAGAAAAAUAAGGUUGACAGCUUUGUCAACUGUUUCAAUGAGGACGGAAGAGAUUUUAUCCAAAAGUCCCCAAAACUGCUUGCGAAUUUUGCAGAAAAACACAAGCAGAUUGAGGUUAGCAAGCCGAACGCGCGUGGAACAAAGAAACACAAGGUCACCAGGGUCGAAAUCCCAUGCUUUUUCUCGCACUAUGUCAUGAAUUUGCCGGACUCUGCCAUAACGUUUGUGGACGCGUACGUGGGUCUCUUUUCCAAUGCUUUCCCAGAGUUGACGCGCAAAGAGGUGAAAAACCUGCCAGGAUACAAAUUACCGACCAUUCACGUCCACCAUUUCGAAAAGUUCGCACCGACCGAGAAUCCAGAGCCGACCAAGCAAGAAUUGCAGCACAGAAUCCACCGAAAAUUGGUGGACCUUUUGAAAUUUGAGAUACCGUUCGAAAACCUCUCCUUCCAUUACGUCAGACUGGUGGCCCCCACCAAGCCCAUGUUCUGUGUCUCUUUCACGCUACCAGAAGAAGUCGCGUUCGCCACAGCAAAAAAAUAA